AUGAAUUCUUUUUUUAAUGUUUUUUUUAUUUUCGCUGCUUUUUCUUACAUUUUUGAAUGCUAAGAUGCCAUCCCUUAUUAAGUCAGCAGCAAUGUCUACUAAAUUGAAGAAACUUCAGCAAUCAUUUAUAAAUCGUUUACUGAGAAUAAAUGGAGAUACAGCUUAUAUGAUUAAAAUGGAGCUAUAACUGCUACUUAUGUAAUCGAUGGAUUAUAGGAUUUAGCAUAAUCAUAUUAUUUCAUUGAAUAAAAUAACCAACUUUACAUAUAUACUCAAAAUACACCUUAAUAUUAAUUGAUUGACUUAAGCAAGCUUACAAGUGGAUAAAGUGGGUACUUAACUACUAGCGUCUUAGCAAAUUCUAACAUUCCAUGCUCAACAGGAGGAAUGAUUAGGAGAUACGGGACUUAUUAUUUCUUAAUAUGUUUAACUCCACCGUUUUAUCUCUAAGAAGCAAGCUUAUCAGCUUUAUAAUCAACGACAAGAUAAUAUACCUACUAAAAUUAUAUUUAGUCUUAAGUAUAUUUAAUGUUUGAUCAGUCUCUGUUGGUUUACAAAAAUAACCUUUUCACUAAUCUUAGCAAUGUUUCUAAUGCCGGAUACAUAUUAGUCGAUUAACAAUUCGAUGUAUUUCUUUAAGAUCUUAAGCUCUGCAAGGGAGUAUUAGAUAUCGGAUCAAAGACUUUUUCUUGCACAAAUGUAUAAGAUUUAAAAGCGUAAAAUUAAUAAGAUGUAUUAAUAUCCAAAGUCUUUUUAUCUAACGGAGUGAAUUUAAUUUUUGGAAGAGAUUAAGUUGCUAAAAGGUUCAAUGUAUAUGAUGUUGCUACUAUGAAUCCAGUCACUAGAUAUGGAUCAUCAAUAACAAAUUUGGGUGUUUAAUUAGAGUUUGUUUAAUAUGGUUACAUCUUUUACACAGGGAAAAAUUGCUAGUAUACUGCUUUGUAUAAUCCAACUACUUAGUAAGUACAAAUUUCGGAGGCUUUUACAAAUCUGCCUAAUAAUUACAUGCUUGUUAAUCCUCCAUUUUACAACUUUAAUUUUUAGUAGGGAAGUACAAUAUUUUUAAGUUAAGGCACUAAUAAAUUUCUUUAUAAUAUUAAUCAAAUUUAUUAAAUGUGUUCAAAUACAUAAUUUAUUUAGCUAAACUCUUAAUGUGGUUCAAAUUGCCCAUCAACAGCUAUUACUGACACUAAAACAAAUAAAUGUUAUUGCGAUUAGAAUGCUAUCAACUUAGAUAAUUCAUGCUAGUGCUCAAAAAAUUAUUACUUAAUUAAUUAGAAUCAGUGUAAAAUUUGUACUCCAUACUGCUAAAACUGUAUUAGCUAAAACUAAUGCUAAUCAUGUUAGAGUGGUUUUACUCUUUAAAUGGAUGGCACUUGUAAAUGCAAUGAUGGUACUUACUUGAACAAUAAUGUAUGCUAACCGUGUGAUGGAUCUUGUUUAACUUGUAACGAUUCUUCAAAGACAAGUUGUUUAAGUUGUCCUCCAAACAACUAUUUAAAUCCAGAUAAUUCUUGUGAUAGUUGUAAUAAAAAUAAGUAUUUUAUUUAAGGAACUAAAUGUGUUCCUUGUGAUUCAUCAUGCCUAACCUGUAAUGGAAAUUUAAAUAUUAAUUGUUUAACAUGUCCUUCAGGCUAAUAUCUAUUCUAAGAUGGUACCUGUAACGUAUGUAAUGUAAAUAGUGGCUUUUAUAUAAAUAAUGAUAAGUGUUUAAAAUGCGAUUCAUCUUGCUUAACAUGCAGUGACUCUACUUCAACAGGUUGCCUUACUUGUCCUGUAAAUAAAUAUUUGUUUUAGAAUUAUUCAUGUGAUACUUGCUAAGUUAAUGCAGGAUAUUUCAUAAGUAGUAAUAAAUGCCUUCCUUGUGACUCUACAUGCUUAACAUGUAAUGGUUCUUUAAACAACAACUGUCUUACUUGUUCUUCAGGAGUUUACUUGCAUUAGGAUAAUACUUGUGGCAAUUGUGACAUUUAAAAUAGUUAUACUAUACAAGGUAAUUAGUGUCUUAAAUGCAAUUCAAAUUGUUAAACAUGCAGUGGUCCUUAACCAGAAAAUUGUUUGACUUGCGUUUUAGGUAUGUUUCAAUUUACAGAUGGAACUUGCAGCGUAUGCAAUUUAAAUAAUGGCUAUUAUAUUAAUAACAAUAAGUGUUUAAAAUGCGAUUCGUCUUGCUAAACAUGCAGUAGUUCUUCUUCGACAAGCUGUCUUACAUGUCCCUAGAAUACAUAUUUAUAUUAGAAUAAUUCAUGUAAUAUUUGCUAAGUUAAUGCAGGAUAUUUCAUAAGUGGUAAGUAAUGUCUACCAUGUAACUCUACGUGCUUAACAUGCAGUGGUCCUUUAAAAAAUAACUGUCUUUCUUGCCCUUAAGGACAAUACUUGCAUUAAGAUAAUUCUUGUGGCUCUUGUAAUGUCUAAAAUGGCUAUUUUAUUAAAGGUAAUUAAUGUCUUAAAUGUGAUCCAAGCUGUUAAACAUGUAGUGGAACUUUAGCAACGAAUUGCUUAAGCUGUAAUUCAGGAAAAUAUUUAUUUUCAAAUAAUUCUUGCAAUUUAUGUGAUACUAAUAAAUCAUAUUUUAUUUAAGGAAUAAACUGUUUAGCUUGUAAUCCUAUUUGUAAGACUUGCAGUGGAGGUAGCAAAAAUCAAUGCUUAUCAUGCUUUGAUGGCUAUUCCCUUUUCAGCAAUACUUGCUAGGAGUAAUAUCUCCAAUACAACUCUGGCAUAUUCACUUAAAGCAAAAUAAAUGAAGCAAAAGAUCAAAUUUAAGCUUCCUCUGAAGCAUCUUUAGCUGGAACAACAAUUUUGAGUUCAAUUUAAAACAUAAUUUCCCAAACAAGCUUUGGAAUUCUAACAAAUAGUUUAGUUUGCUAAAAGCUCAGCUUUUUACUUCUAAUUGAUGUUCCUAUUCCUGCCCAAAUCUACCUACCUCUAAAAGCAAUGAAAGAUUAAUUUCCGUCAAAUCAGUUUAAAAUGCUUAACUUUUUUUAGCCGCUGAUAAGCAAUAACUAAAAUUAGUAUUAAGACUCUAGAUACGAAAUAGUUGGUCUUUCAUUUAACAUCCUUCAAACAUGUGGACAAUCAACCAUAAUAUUUGGCAUUUGCAUUUUUGUAUUUGGAACUUUUUACAUUCUGAUAAAAUACAUAAAAAGUUUUUUGAUUCAGUUUUUUUAACUCAUCUCAACAAUGUUUGUUUUAGGAGUUAAUCAAUAAUUAAAGUAAUUCUUCUUUGACAUUUAGGGUAGCUUGCCAAUUGGAUUACAAAUAAACCUAGUUACUAUUUACAUAGUUGUAAUAAUAAUAAUAUUUUAUGAACAAAUUAAAUUCCUGAAUAAGACUAAAAGCUCUAACAAACAAUACGAUUUCAUUUAAUUAAACAAAGAAAAAAUAUUAAAUGGAGCUGUUUAUGGAAACAAAAUAAGAAGAAAUUUCAUGAUAAUUUACCUAUUUUUUGAAUCUUUUCUCAUACCAACAUUAUACAUUUAAUUUAGUUUUACAUGGAAAAUAACCAGCACAAUUUCAAUUGCCUUAUAAUUUCUGGAAUUUGCUAUUAUCCUUUUUUAUAUGCCAUUUGAAUCUAAACUCUCAAAUGGUUACUUUAUAACAAAUGGAUUUUUGUGGCUUUGCCUAUAUUGUUAAUAUUUAGCUAUAAAUAUAUUAUGUUAAAAGCCAGAUCUUAACAAUUACUCUAAAAAUAUAGAUAUCUUAAGCUACUCUGCUUUAAUAACCAUUCAAAUUAUUAUAUUAUAAUAAAGUGCCUACAUCAUACUAGCUAUUCUAGUGCAAUUAUAUGAAUUCAUUCAGCAAAAAAGAUUAAAAAGAAUGAAUUCACUUAAUAGCGAUAAAAUAAAUAAAAACAAUCUGUCUAAUUUCACUGAAUAAAAUGAAUUUAGUUCAAUAAAACUUAACAACAAAAGCCUCAUUAAGCAAAGACUAAAUCUCACAUACUACGAAAGAGAAAUGGUUUAAUAAAAAUAAUUUAAUAGCUUAGUUUCUAGCCAAAUUUGGGUAAGAUUGCAGCCAAGGCAUAAAGAAACAAAAAAUAGUUUUCUAUGA